AUGGAGAACAGAGCAAGAGGGAAAGGCAAAGUGAAGGAGGGGACAUGGCAAGGCAACCGUCAAGUUCUUGGAGACAUUGGUAAUGUGGAGGUGCUUAGAAUCGCUGAUGGGAAGCAGAUUUCACGGCCCAUCACAAGGAGUUUCCAUGCAAAAUUGUUGGCAGAAGGACACAAAACUCCGGCUGAUUGGGUACUGGGAUUAGAAGUUCAAACUAACGAGCAAGCACCUGCACAAGGAAAGAAAAAGGUUAUUGUACCUGUACUAGACAAUAAAGCAAUUGCUUACGAGGGUGUAGAAGAUUUGACUCACAAGCCAAAUCCUGAGCCCGUAGAUGUGGUUAGUUCUGAAGCUGGAGAAAAAAUUGAUUUUGUUCUUGAAAGAAAGUCCAGGGAAAGAUCUUCUAAGAAGGUCAAGAGUCUGACUUCACAAAUUAUUACCCAAAGCAAGGCUGCUUGUGGAAUUUUGAUUGUGGCUGAGGAUCAGCAGCCUGUUGAUGUUGAUGCAGAUGUUGCUAAUGAUGAACUUGCAGUAGUUGAAUACAUUGACGAUAUAUACAAAUUCUAUAAGCUAACAGAAGAUGAGAUUCGACUAUCAGAUUACAUGAAAUCACAGCAUGAAAUUACUGAGAAGAUGAGGUCUAUUAUUGUGGACUGGCUGGUUGAAGUCCAUAUGAGAUUUGAAUUAAUGCCUGAGACACUCUAUCUUACCAUAAAUAUAAUUGAUCGAUACCUCUCAUUGACAGUUGUACCAAAAAAUCAAUUACAGUUAGUGGGCAUAAGCUCAAUGCUCAUAGCUUGCAAAUAUGAAAAGAUAUGCACUCCUCGGGUUAAUGACUUUAUUAGCAUAUCAGAUAAUGCUUACACCAAGAAUCAGAUAAUUUCAAUGGAGACAGAAAUUCUAGAGAAGUUAGAAUGGUAUUUAACUGUUCCCACGCCCUAUGUGUUUUUAGUUAGACUCAUCAGAGCUUCUGUUCCGCCAGAUCAGGAGAUGGAGAACAUGGUGUUUUUCCUUGCUGAACUUGGUCUUGUGCAUUAUCAAGCCAUUAUUUUGUACUGCCCUUCAUUGAUUGCUGCGGCAGCCGUGUAUGCUGCUCGUUGUACACUCAAAAGGUGUCCCUUCUGGAGUGAAAUUCUAAAGAACCUAGCCGGCUACUGCACGGAACAGAUAAUAGAUUGUGCCAUGCUGUUAGUUAGCUUACACGCAAGAGCUGCAGAUAGUAAACUCCAAGCAGUGUACCAGAAAUUCUUAAGUCUAGACAGAGGGGCUGUUUCUCUUUUAUCUCCAACAGAAGAUAUAGUAAAAAAUUCCUAG